UUGUCUUUAUGAGUCGUAUGGGUUCCCAGCAGCCAUGGUUGGACCUGCAAGUCUGGAACAGCAAGAAUGAGUACACUCUACAUGCCAUUAUUCAGAGCCUGCACGACCUCAAGAUCGCUUACUCAACUCCAUGGCCGCCUCAUCGUCACGGGUCUCCACAAAGCACCCCAACCUUCCACCAAGCUCAUAGAGUCCUAUGCUAAAAUGGGCUCCCUCGAAACCUCAAGAAUCGUCUUUGAUUCCUUCCCAGAGCCCGAUUCCUUCAUGUUGGGCGUCCUGAUCAAGAACCACGUAUGGAAUUGCUGCUUCCACGAAGCCAUUUCUCUCUACGACGCCAUGCUUUCUCAGAUUCCCCAAAUGAGCGAUUACAUAUUCCCUUCUGUUUUGAGGGCCUGCUCUGCAAUUGGUGACCUGGGUAUCGGCCAAAAACUCCAUGGGAAGAUUAUUAUUACUGGGUUUGCGUCCGAUCCAAUUGUUGAGACUUCGUUGCUGAACAUGUAUGGCGAGCUUGGGUGUACACUCUAUGCGCAGAAACUGUUCGAUGGAAUGUCCGUGAGAGAUGUAGUUUCGUGGAGCUCGAUCGUUUCUUGCCAUGUACGUAACGGUCAGCCAUGUGAAGGUUUGGAGGUUUUGAGAGGAAUGGUAAAGGAAGGAGUCGGAAUUGAUUCGGUUACACUGCUUAGUGCAGCAGAUGCAUGUGGGGAGUUGAGGCUAUGUGGAUUAGCAAAAUCCGUGCAUGCUUAUAUGUUGAGAAAGAGCAUUCAGAGUGAUGGGGCAUUGGGCAAUUCCCUUAUUGCAAUGUACGGGAAAUGCGGCGAUAUGGGUAGUGCCGAGGCCAUUUUCCGGUAUGCUGUCAAUAGGAGCACUUGUACAUGGACCGCGAUGAUUUCCGGAUUCAAUCAAAAUGGAUGUUAUCGUGAGGCGUUGGGAGUGUUUGCUGAGAUGCAGCAGUCCACUGUGGAACCCAAUGAAGUCACUUUGAUGAGUGUUUUGUGUGCUUGUGCUAGGUCAUGCUGGCUAAGGGAAGGGAAAGCCGUUCACGGUUUUCUUAUAAGAAAUGAUCUUAAAGAAUGCGAUGCUAGUAGUGAUAUCCUGAGGUCCGCGUUAGUAGAUCUCUAUGCCAGUUGCAGAAGGCUAAGAGAUUGCCACAGGGUGUUUGACACAUCUCAAGACAGGAAUGUCAUUUCGUGGAAUAUGCUUAUAUCCGGUUACACGCGUGAAGGGAUGUGUGGAGAGGCAUUGGUUCUCUUCAUGGAGAUGACAAUCAAGGGAAUACUUCCGGACUCUUUCACUCUUGGAAGUGUCAUUGCAGCUUGUGGAGAUGUUGGAUUCUCCCAAACCGGAAGACAGGUACAUUGCCAUGUCAUCAAGGCAGGAUAUUCUGAAAACGAAUUUGUUCAGAACUCACUAAUUGACAUGUACUCUAAAUCUGGACUUUUGGGUUCUGCUUAUGCAACAUUUGAGGAGAUCCAAGACAAAGGAGUUGUGGCUUGGACUUCAAUGAUGUGCGGGUUUUCUCAAAACGGCAAAUCAGAUGAGGCUAUUGCUUUGUUUGACGAGAUGUUUUCACAUUCACUUGAGAUGAGUGAAGUGACUUACUUGAGUGCGAUUCAAGCGUGCUCUAACAUAGGAUUUCUAGAAAAGGGGAAAUGGAUUCACCAUAAGCUCAUAGUCUUUGGCGUAACAAGAGAUGAUAUGUACAUUAACACGGCUUUGACAGACAUGUAUGCUAAAUGUGGAGACCUUCGAAUGGCUCAACGAGUUUUUGAGAGAAUGGAAGAAAAGAGUGUCAUCUCCUGGAGUGCCAUGAUCAGUGGUUAUGGCAUGCAUGGUCAUAUCGAUGCUGCUACAUCACUGUUCACUGAAAUGGUAGAUUCGGGUAUAAGCCCAAACGACGUUAUAUUCAUGAACAUCCUCUCUGCCUGUAGUCAUGCUGGCUAUGUGAACGAAGGGAAGUCUUAUUUUAAGGCGAUGUUUGGUUUUGGCCUCCAGCCCAAAACAGAGCACUUCGCGUGCCUGGUUGAUCUUCUUAGUCGCGCAGGUGAUUUAGAAGGAGCAUAUGAGAUCAUCAGCUCAAUGCCAUUCCACGUCGAUGCUAGCAUUUGGGGCUCAGUCAUCAAUGGGUGUAGGAUCCACCAGAGAACCGAUAUCAUCAGAACCAUUCAAGAAAACCUUGUAAAUCUACACACUGGCGAUGCCGGGUACUAUACCUUGUUAGCCAAUGUACAUGCUGAAAGAGGGGAAUGGAGGGAAUCUAGGGCUGUAAGGUCGAAAAUGCACAGUGUGGGUCUUAAAAAGGUCCAUGGGUAUAGCAUGAUUGAGAUGGGAUAAGAGAGUUGUUCAUGUUGUGUGUUUAAUUCCCAAACACACAACAGUUCAGUGUCUACUGGAUGAUCAUUAGGACAAUCAGCUAUGUUACAACGGCUAAAGCUGGUAUCGCUUUGCUGCAAUGGACAAAGUCAAACAUAAACUCAAGCUUGUGGUUGAAGGCUCAAGAAUGACUUUAUACUCCAACACACACAAAUGUAAGAGUUUAGGUGCAUGAUUUCGUCUCGGACUCCACUUCGUUCCCUGGGCUCAUUCGUUGAAUCCAAAGAUUGGCCAAAAAUAAUUUUUAAUUAUGUAAGGAAAUGCUUCAGCAGAGAAAGAUUAGUUUGGGACGGCUGAGCUAGAGGGAGCUGCGCCAUGGUCGCAAGAAGAAUGCGCAGAGUGUGCUAAUACAUGGGUGGCCACAUUGGUAGAGCGAAAGGUUUUUCACCUGGCUCACAGACGGGGACAUCUUCUGCACGGAGGACGUGAGGUUUUGGAUGCAGCCGUCGAUCGCCGCCUUCGGGUCCGCCGUCUUGAUUUCGUUGGGGUGGGAACCGGAAUAAGAAGACAUGUUAUUGGCGGUGGUGUUGGUCAGGUCUAUGCAGAGCUGCACGGCCAACGCAAUGAGGUUGGUGAUGUUUCCGUCCGCUUUCUCAGCGAAGGGGGAGAGCAAUUCGUAGCACUUGGCGGCGUCGGGCUGGCUUUGGUUUGUGCAUGUUCCAUUAAUGAAACGGAGGUCUUCUU